UAGUUUUAAAAUUAAAAGUAUUGGAAAAACAGGAAAUUAUUUGUAAAAAAAAAAGUUUGGGGAUUUUGACAUUUUACUUGUGACCGCUAAAAAUGUUUUGGAAUUUGUUGUGGGGUAGGGGGUAAGCUCUUGCUUUGCUUCAACAUUGAUACUCUGAUAACGGCAAUAUUACAGGUUCUAAAGUACAUUUGAGCAAGUACUCAAUCUUACUUCACCUCUCGUUCUUCAAGAAAAGCCGCUUGAUAUUCGGAGACACUAGUGACUAAAGCAUGAGAUCUAAUAGGCCGCAAGGCCCACUAAGCGUGUAAUGUCAGACUUGCCGUGUUCUGAUUGCGUGGAAUUUGUCGGCAAAGCCCCAAUUCUGUAUCUUGACAUUAUCACGAACUAAUAUCCCUACGUCCAUGGACAUUAUGAAGUAGUCUUUGUUUUCAGAAUAUCGCUAAAUGCUGGACCGGAAUGGUAACAGAGAAAUGCUCUGGCCAUAAAUUUCUUAUUUCUCUGCCACUUAAAUGAUAUUACACACACACACGGCGAUGAAAAAUAAUGACAGAUCGGCUGCUAAAGGCAUCGUGGCGUUUUAUCCUGAACCACCUCAACGUCUUUUGAUUUUGCAGCGCGGUCUGUAUCAUCCGUCGCUUUCAGACGAAAUGUUGACAUAUAGCCUGCAUCUGCAGACGUUGUGAAGGGUAACAUCUUGCUUUUAACGGUGAUGGUGAUCAGCUGUGUUACAUGCGCGCGGCUGAGCGUAGACACGUACAUGGAUUUCUGGUACAGCGAAGACCACGCAACCCGAAGAAGCAGACGACGCACGAGCUCUUGUAUUGACGGAGGUCCAUAAGAUCCGAAUGUCUUAGCUACAACCAUAUAUUAUUGAUUUAUUUUUAAAACGCACUGUCUUCACACAAAAAAAUACGGGUAAAAUAUCAUCUAUGCUCAGCAUUAUAAUUUGUGUUUUAUUCGUUUGUCUAAGGAAUCGUCUACAGACAACCGAGUGGUUACUGUUAGCAAGUUCUUCAUAUUUUCCGAUCUCAAUAUUUUCCUGUUACUAAAUGGCUCGUAACACGAAGCACGUACUAACUUCAGCGCAAGACCAAGGCGUCUGCUGGAAAAAAGCAACUUGUACGAGGAAACCUAUCGCAGUAUAAACGAGGAUUUCUUUUUUAUCAAAGUAAUGAUGUAUGCAAUUUUGUAUGUGGACAGUCUAUAUAUUUUUAGUGAUUGUUCACGAGAAAGGUAGAUUAUUUUACAAAACGAUAAAUACAAACAAGUUUGUUGGAAAAUAAAUCAUGGUAUUGGGAUUUUCUUCUUUACGACGACGUUGUGGAAGACGCCGCUGGUGUUCUAUAUGUUCAUUCCUGACAGCAGUAUUGAUCAUUGUGCUAUCCAUUGCAAUACUUGGAUUCAUCUUUCGAAAGAAGAUCUUCGAUUUCGUGGCUUGCGCAGACGAGGACUCGCACCAAUUAAUCCGCGAAUACUGUCGAGUAUAUGAGGAUGGCCUGAUUACUGGCUCCCUGUGUGAACCAUUGUGUCAGACGGCUCAAGUGAGGUUCAAGAGCUGCACAAACUUUCAUGCUGGCAAGCAGGUUAUAAUGAUGCUGUGUGAUGACUUCUGUCUUCAUGACAGAGUAAUUGAAUCUGUUUUAAAGACAUCAACUAAAAACAUCUCUUCUAUCUAUAGCAGGCCUGAUAUUUUUACAAGCAUAGAGGACCAGUACUUUCUGAAGCUGACAAGAGACAUGAUUUUAGAAACAACAAAACAGGUUGGCUUUGUGCCAUUUGUGUGGGAAGGAGCUAUAGAGUUUAUGUGGGAACAAAAUUACUACCACUAUCUUAAAAGCUUGUCUAGCAUGAAUGCUAUGUUUAGAACAAUAACACUGCUGAUGGAGGAAGAUGAAUACAAAAUCAUCAAAGUUUUGGAGAGCAGUGGGCUGGUCCCUAAGAUGUAUGGAACAUGUGGACCUCUUUAUCUCCAAGAGUCUUGCCCACCUGGCAUACUUGAAACAGAAUUUUCUUUUCUAACUGAAGGGAGGUCAUCAUAUCCUUCAUGGCCAGACCGCUCAGCAGCAGCAGUGAGGCUGCUUCAGCUUGUCCCUAUACUAGAGAAGACCUUUACCGAACCUCUUCAGCUGUGUGAUGUCAAGGGAGGCAAUUUUGGUAUUUGUGCAGACAACACAGUAAGGGUCAUUGAUGUGGAUUCGGUCUUCUUUGACACGCCCUUGAUGAAAACAUUUAAUUAUUCCAAGUGCAGAACACAUGAAGAAUGCAACUUUUUUGACUGUAAAGGUGUGUGCAAUGCUGAACAUCAGCAGUGUUAUACGAUGAAGGCUAACAACAAUCUCCAGCUAAUUUGUCAAAAAAUAUUGAAGGGCAAUCUGCCAAGGCUGUUGGACUUCAGUGGCUUGUUGUCGGGGGCACCUGCAUCCGUGGCCAAGAAGCUGCGUAUUGCGUUGGAAGACUGUACUGCUCCGACAGGUGAAGACAUGCAGGUGGCCAUCUACAAGCCCAAGAUGGCUGUGCUCAGCAGGAUUCUAGAACUGCUGCUGCAAAGUCAACAUGAACUGUAGCAUCACAGAUGUGAAUGCUGAUUAUAGUAACAUAUCAUUAUAUCCUGCCUUUAAAAAUAGCUUGCUUCUUACAGCUUUAAACAAAGACAUUUUUUUGUGCACUAGUAUUCACUACCAGCUUUUAAACAUAAACAGUGCUUUCUUAUGGUCAUACAAAGAAGAUGACCUUCUCUCUUUCUUUUUGUAAAUAUAGCAUGAAUUUGUGCAUCUUCCUAAGCAUUGAAAAAUAUACUGGGACACUAUUGACUUGGCCUGGUGAAAGAAGGUGGUGUACUACCGUAUCAUAUUACACAGUUACUUGUCGUUUAGAGCAUGUUUAAUGCUUUACCUGUUUUACUGCUGAUUUGUGCGAUGCCUGAAUAUGUUUCCUAUAGCCUUUUACUGGACGUGUGGUGGCCACAGUAGCUUUGUUAUGAUGAUACAUGUAACAAGACAAUCAGCUAAUUCAGAGAUUAUUCUUCUACAGUUCUACUAUACUAGAGUACUAUCCCAUGAGAUUAAUAAGCGAACAAAGACUAUCUUCAGGUUAGAUAAACAACUUUGAAUUCCAAAUGACGUGACGUGUCAUUCUGUAAGUUACCAAAAAGUAGAAAUUCAGCAGAAGAAGGCAUGAAAAUUUGUACAAUGUACAUGUGAUAUUAUCUUACAUCAUAUUUAUCUGCUUUUGGAUUUUGUUAACAUGUCUCUUUGUUUACAUCAAGGCCUCUUCAGACCUGGUUUCUUCCUGUGCUUUUCAAAUUUGUAUGCUGACUUUCUCACACACAUAUACACAAAACAGUAAAUUAUGAGCAAAAACAUGUUUAAUGUUUAAAAAAGCUGCUUAAAUUACUGUAAAUCACAUUACUUGGAUUUAUAAUUCUAUAUAUCACCUAUAUUUAUAUAUCAUGUAAAAAGCCAGGCAACGAUAUGGAAUGCAUCUGCAAAUGGUAGGCUUAUGUUAGAGUGCAGGAGGGGAGACUGCGGGGAAUAAAUUGACGGACUCUUCAUGGUGUCUGCGCUUGAUAGUACAGGGACAGUGUUGAUAGGAUUCUUGUAUGCAUUUUGCAGAAUAGAGUUGUAGUCUUGCGUGACAAGUGUUGGUGAAGUGCUUGAUGGUUCUCAUUUUUAACAAAAUGAAACUUUAUACUUUUUACAGUAAACCUAAAAUAUGUUUUACAAGAAAGCUUAGGGUUGUGACACGUCUAUAACAAAGGCAUAUAUGCCUUCACUGAGGCCCUUCUUAACCAAGCAAAUGUUGAAAGAUUGUUGCAAAUUCACAAGACAUCCAAAAUUGGUUUCAGGGCAAAUGCUCAAGAUAUUAACAGUUUGGUCAAUAUGCUGAGCAAGAGUCCAGACUUGUUUGUCAGUACAGUGGGACUCUGGAGAUUUGACACUUUUGCACUUUGCGUGGUUAAGAAAGGCCUUUACCUCAGAAGAUUUUGGAAAUGCUUUUUUUCUGGAAUUAUAUUUUUACUGCAAAGUAC